AUGGAAGAUGCAGCCCGCCUGAGAGUCCAGUAUUUACUGGCAAUGGCUCAGAAUGAAGUACUCCAGCAGCUGAACCUACACCAAUUUAUUAGAGGCCGCUUCAGAUGGAGACGAGGUUUCAGACGGCGUCGUAUCUGGAGAAGGACAUGGCUGAACCCUGCCAGAAGAAGGGCCUUUAGCAUCUUUGACCAGCUGUUGGUUGAGCUCCGAAGAGAAGAUUCGUCGACUUUCAGGAAAUUUCUCUACAUGCCCCCUGCACUCUACGAUGAAAUCCUGGAGAGGGUCAGAGGAAGAAUCUGGAGGCAGCACACCUGGUUCAGGGAGCCGCUGAACGAAGGUCUCAAGUUGGCAGCUACUCUCCGUCAUCUUGUGUCUGGCACCAUGUACUCUGACAUGCAGUAUGGUUGGAGAGUACCUGGAAACACCCUAUCUGUAGUGGUCAGAGAAGUGUGUCAGGCCAUAUGUGAAGAGUAUGCAGAUGAAGUCAUGACAGCCCCUUCAACCCCUGAUGGAUGGCGACAACUUUCUGAUGGAUUCUACUGGCGUUGGAAUUUUCCCCACUGCUUGGCUGCUAUUGAUGGAAAGCAUGUGGCCAUCAGAAAGCCUCCUCUCUCUGGCUCGUUAUAUUACAACUACAAGGGCUUCUUCAGUAUCAUCCUGCUGGCUAUAGUGGACAGUGACUACAAAUUUGUCUGGUGCGAUGUUGGUGGCUAUGGGUCAAGUGGUGAUGCUCAGAUCUACAACAACUCGGAGUUCAAGGAGUUGGUGGAGGAUGGAUCGGUCAACUUUCCAAACCCAGACCCUCUUCCCCAUGACAAUGUGGACAUGCCAUAUUUCCUGGUGGGGGACGAUGCCUUCAGCCUGGCCAAGAACAUGAUGAAACCCUAUGGUCAGAGGGAUCUAUCCAGGGAGCAGAGGAUCCUGAACUACAGACUGUCCAGGGCUCGUCUUGUCUCUGAGAAUGCAUUUGGAAUUAUUAGCAACAGAUUCCAGAUCUUAGCCUCCAAGAUGAACCACUUGCCAUCAACAGCCCGACUCAUAGUCAAGACUUGUUGUAUCCUGCACAACUUGAUGAGGAUGCAUUACCCAGUAAUGAAUAAUGCCCUGAUUGAACAUGAUGAGAUACGAGGCAACCCGGUCCCUGGAGCACGGAGGAGAGGCCGCAAUCUUCAUGACACCGUCAUUGUCACGGGCAACAACAAUCAGAACAAGGACGGUAAGAAGAUCAGGAACCUACUGAAGCACUGGUGCAAUUCUGAAGUAGGAAGUGUUCCAUGGCAGGAUAGAAUGGUCCCCUGA